UGUCACGUGACUUGAGUACUUGAUGUGUCAGUCCAUGGUCAUUUCUGUGUUCAGUGAACGGUUAUUAGUGCUUUUUCCCAAGUUUUACCGACUUUAACUUAUGAUAAAUAAAAUAUGUCUCAUAUAAAAAGAAAUACAGUUCGCAGUUCUGGUAGAGAAGUUAUAUAUCAAGUCCACAAACGUUGUUUAGCUGAAUCCGAAGCUGAGACGAUUUUAUCCGAUAACAGCGAUGUUUACACAAGAGCAGUUGAAAUGACCGGCAGUAGCUGACCAAGCGUUUGCAUCUAUUUCUGCCGAAGAGUGGAGAAAUUCUUGCAGCCAUAUCAUGAAAAUAGAAAAAGAAUAUUAUAAACGACGGCAGACGCUAUACAAAGACAUAGACAGACUUGAAAUAAACCUGCAAGAUGACUGUAGUAGUAUGAGCGAUUCCUCUAACCUAGACGAGGAUGAGAAUUUUGGAGAAGGUACGAGCCAAGACACAGAACAUUUAUCUGAUGUUGAAGUUUUAGAAGAAAGUCUUCUGACGUCAGACUGAAUAAAUAAUUUAAUUCUUUGAAUUUUGUUAGUUUUAUUACUUGCUCCCUAUACCUGGUAAUCAUCAUCAUCUGAGUUUAGAUAAUUAUCUAGGAACUCCAGGUAGCAAACAACUUAAUAAAUAAAAUAAAAUAAAACGUGCAGGAUUCAAACCUGCGAGGUUAGACUUAAGUACGGUCAGAAUAACGGAGGGAAGAACAAACUAAAUAUAUUUUUAAAAAAAUAUUCUAUCAAAAUUAUUUUUGUCGCAGUAUAUGGGGUUACCACAUUACACGACAGUGGCGCCCCUAUUAUUGUCACGACUUUCUUGUCAAGCUGUACAUAUGUCAUCACUGCGUUUUCAGAGUCGGGAAUUCCAUCCAAAAAAAAAGAAAAUACUUUAGAAUAAAACAAACAAUGUAGAACUAUCAUAUGGAAAUGCCGUAAUUGUUCAUUUUGACUCAGAUAUAAAAAUGAUGUAUCUGUCCCUUUCUCACAACAGUGGUUGUACGGGAGAAAAAACAUUUAGUCUUUUAUCAGCACCCUCUUCAUUGGCUUUGAUGUACAUUUGCUGCCGCAUAUCAUAAAAUGUAUUUAUAAAAAUGUGUUUUAAAACCUAUUACUAUUAAUCUACUUAGUUGUAGAGCUUUAGAAACUUGUAAUAUUCUCAAUAUUUCAUUUUCAUUGAAAACAAAAUCACGGGUGCUAGUGUCGAACAUAGAAUCUUAUCGAUAAAUUAGGGUCCAAGUUAUGUUACUUUUUUUUCUUGGUGCCGUGUGGUCUAUAAAAAAAGAAUAGGAGCACUCCAUCUUGUUCCUUGGGAUUUUUCUUUUAGGCGACAGGCUAGCAACCUGUCACUAUUUGAAUCUCAAUUCUAUCAUUAAGCCAAAUAGCUCAAUGUGGCUUAUCAGUCUUUUCAAGACUGUUGGCUCUGUCUACCCCGCAAGGGAUAUAGACGUGAUUAUAUGUAUGUAUUUUUUCUCGUCUUUGUUAACAAUCUUGAUUCACUCAUCCAACUAUAAAAUAUUAUGGACUGAAUGAACAAGUGAACAUCUCUAGUCCGCCAUGUUGGUUUCCCGGUUUGUUUAUUUAGGUAUGUAGGAAAAGUACAUUCAUAUGGCACUUCCAUUAUAAGAUAGUUCUUCAGAGCAGAGAUCCUGUCCACAUCCUGUUCGCUGCCGCUGCCUCGGGAGUUGAUUUGAUUCUUUAACUUUAGCCAUAAUUAAAAUAAAUUAAUUUGAUAUUUACAGGGUCUAUAUAAUCCCAUUGCUUAUUAAGUAUAAAACCUAGCUGCUGUAGGAAUUAAUUCGCCGGCAUGAUUUUACCCAGAAAUGUCAGAGAUAAAGUAUAAACAACAGAUACUUGCUGCAAUUGACCACUUGCGCUCGCGUAAAUCACGUCCAGAUUUAUAUAGAAUUUGCAAGUUUAUGUCAAAGUGUUAUAAAGUUACUCCAAAGGAUACAAAAGCUGAUCUAAAACGUUGCAUAAAAGAGAAGAGCAUAAUCAAAGUAGAUUACAAGGAUAAUGUAAGCUACAGAAACGCUGCUAAGUGGCGCAAAAAAUCAAGUCAAAGUAACAAUUACUCUUGUAAUACAGAGAUGGCGAGUACAUCAGCAUCAAGUGAACGGAGAAUAAUAACUUCUGCCAUUGCUACCCUCAUAUAUCAAGACCAAAGCUUCUUAGAAAAUGGGAUUUCAUUUGAUGACUUGGUCAAAGCUGCAGUUGCUCAAGAAUCAAAAUAUUCAAAGAAACAAUUGGAGGCUAUUGUUAAUAAAGAAUUAUCAUCUGGAAGCCUUGUGAAGUUGCCUAAUGGCAAUUUGGCUUUGGGGCCAGCAGACCAUGAUGGUGAUAGCUCUGACAGUUUUAAAUUUGAAUAUAAUAUGGACACAAAUACAAAGAUGACAUCGUCAGCCAAUUCCUCAUGUCGAUCAUCGCCCCAAAGAAUGAGAGGCAGGCCAAAGAAGAGAGGGGGAGGAGCAUCUAGCACUGGACUCAGUAGCAGCACUCGAAAUUCAGGAGUUCGAGUUGGUGAAAGAAGAAAAAUGGCCAAGAAAGUUUUUGAUCCUUCAGACAAUAAUGUUCCAAGUAAAAGAAAAAGAGGGAGACCUGUCGGGUCUUUGAAUAAAAGCACUAUAAAAAAGAGACUAUUGGGUGCAAAUCAUAGUAAACCAGAUAAAGAAGGAACACCUGUAUCUGAAGGUCAAUUGUCACUGGAAGGUAGUGCCGAUGAAAUGGAAGCUGAAGAACCAAUUCCUCAUGAAACAUCUGGAGGUGUCUGCUCAGUCUGCCACAUCCAAAAACCUAGGGGAUCCAGUGAGAGGCUAGUGGAAUGCAAAGAUUGUAACAACAAGGCUCAUUUAACUUGUCUUCAGUCAGGGUCGGGUAUUUUGAAACCACGCCCAGACAACACAUGGCAGUGCCCACAUUGCAAAACCUGCGUGGUUUGUUGUGAAACAAAUGAUGCUGGCGUCUUGACAGUGUGCAGUAUAUGCUCGGAUGCAUAUCAUGCUCUUUGCCAUGCACCUCGAAUUCCAGAGAGAUUGAAAGCGUGGGAUCAUUGGGAGUGCAAUAAUUGUCUUGAAUCACGCCCUACAGUUGUGGGGUCACCUGCAAUCAUUCCGAGCCAAAUUGACUACAAUUCACAAAAUUCUCCUCCAGUAGAUCCAUUUCUUAAACCACACGAAUUAGAUAGAGCUUCAUCGAAAUUCGGUGAUGAUGUUCCAAUAGAUCCAAGUGUACCGGAUGUUACAAACUGGACAACAGAUGAUGUUUAUAACUAUUUUAUAAAACAUUUGCCAGAUGCAGCACCUAUUUUGAAAGAGCAGGAAUUCGACGGUCAAGCUGUGAUAAUGGCAAGAAGAGCUGAUAUUGUCAAGGGAUUAGGACUUCCACUUGGACCUGCACUAGCAUUAUAUCGUAUUAUAGUUAAACUACAGACAAGAAAAGAUGAUUGGACCAUGUGCUGGGGCUAGAAUAAUAUUUUAUACCUACAUCAUAGACAUUUUACCUUUUUUACAUGGACAUUAUGUCUGUAAUAAUUUGAUAUUUAAACUAUAUGUAUAUAAUGAUAUUUCUUACAUUGACACCAUUGUGUGUUACAAAAAAUUAUAAGUUUAUUAUGAUUGGCCAUGUUAGAUUUUAUGUUGUAUGUAAUGUAUGUAACAAUUCUAACUCUCAUAAUUUUCAAUGCCAAAUUUUCUUACAGCCAGAUCUAAUUAUUUAUUUGUUACAUCACAUUUAAUAUCAUAUACAUACAUAUGACCAAAGUGCAUUGGUGAUUAUGGUAUUUAUUAAAAUUUAAUUGUUGCAAGUUAUCAAUAGUUAUGUGGGUCAUAUGGAUAAAUCAAAUCUUUAUUUUGUUUCUGUUUAUUUACUCAAAUAAGAUAUAAAUUAAAAGAAAUUAGCUUUUUAUUUAUUUUCCUAGAUUUCCUCUCAUUUAUAACACAUUACUGAGGUUAAGUAAUGUAUUCAUAAUACCAUGGGGCCAACUAUCAUAGAAAAACAUUAACAUGUCUUAAAACAAUAUAUUUAUUUAGGAUUCUUACAAUAAAUACAACAAUAAAAGAUAAUUUGUAUCACAAUUUAUCUUAUGGUAUCUUGCGCCCAUUACAAUUACUUUUUGAGGAGCACCGACAUACAAAGUUUCUUAUAUUUAAGAAAAGCCUAUCCUUACCAAUGUUUCAAAGCAAAUAUCCUUUAUGAUAUUCAUUCAUAAAAAUAAAAUAUUCCUAAAUACUAAAGCAAAAUUUAAUAAUGAAAAUUUGUUGUUACUAAAACAAGGUUUUGAGAAUAAUAAUAAGAGUAUUUUACCCACUUAUUUGAAAAAGAUAAUUAUUCAUUAUUCCACCUUCAAAUAGAAAUUAAUAGGUAGGAUCUGUUUUUCAACAGUCCGUUGCCAUAGUUUUACUGUAGAAAACAGUAAAACGUUUAAGAAAAUAUUCAAAUUUCAGAUUUAUCUUAAUUUUAUGAAUGAACUUCAUACAUUACUAAAAAUAUCUUUUAGGAUAUGGUUUUUCUUUCAGAAUUUUAAGAAAGUUUCAGAAAAGUUAAUUUUAAGAAAGUUUUAGAAAAGGUAAAUUUUAAAUUCCGCAGCCACAAAAAUAUGUUUGUGGCCCUUCACUAUUUUAUUCCAUAAAUUGCUCCACAUUAAGAUAAUAUAUCAUGACGCUAAAUAUGUAUACAAUUAUAAAAUUUGUACUGUUAUGAAUAUGUCUAUUAAAUUGUGCUAUGCUUAUGCAACAUUAAUUAGUGCUGGUCAAAAUGUUUCAUGUAUGACAAAAAUACGUUAAACACCAUUGUUGCAAUAUUGAUAUAAAAUACUCUGUAUUCUGUUGGUAAAUAGUAAAAGUUAACAAAUUGUACUGGAGGCCAAAAUAACCAGUCACCC